UUUAUCCACAGAUAUGAAUGCAUAGCAUCAGGUAGUGUUGAAAGGUGAAGAUGGUUCAAAUUGUUAAAAGCAUCUACAGUCAAGUGGUACUUCUUAGUUAUCUCAUUUGGGGGAUAUCUGCAUCAAUAGACAAGUCACCUCCAAAACAAGAUAACUAUGAUGUGAAAUUGGCUGGAGACUUUGUUGACAAAGCUAAAGGAAGAGUAGAAAUAUAUUACCGUCACCUUGGAAGAAAGGUUCCUUGGGCUAGGAUUUGCAACAAAGGCUGGACCAUAGAAAACGCCAGAGUAGUAUGCCGACAUCUUGGUUAUGAUGCGAGUAAAACAGAAAUUCCUAUAUAUGCAUCAGAAAGUAUUGAGGAUAGAACGAAUAGCAAAGAAUGGGGACAAGGAAAAAGAGAUUAUGGUAUUGCUAACUUCAACUGUACUGGAAAUGAG